CGAGUCAACAUGGAUAAACUCCCGCAUUCCUCCCCCCUACUUUGCCAAUUCGCCGACUCCUCUUCUCCGGUAUCGGAUAACAUGACCGUCGCACGCUCUACUGCGGCGGCUGCCGAAACCCAGAUGGGCAAUACCGCGAUCGUCGUUGGCCCCGUCGAUGCUGCGGCUGACACCAUUGCAAGCACUACAUUCUUCGACAACGUUAACAUGGAUCAGCUCUCCGGUAUUGAUUCUUUUUCCGGCAUUGAAACGCCACAAAAGACUAUCAUACAGACUCCUUCUGUCGGGGCUCUUCCUCGCGAAGCUGCUGCCGAUGGAGAGAUCUCGACCCCCGCGGGACAUACCAUCAUGUCCAAGGUGCUGUCGGCGAACCUCGCCUCAGCUUCACCUGUGCGGCGGGUCAUGGUAUACGGAAACGUGUGCACUCAGGACCACGGCGGCGUGCGUGAGGGCAUGAUGUACGUCGAUGGCGACUACGCUGCCCUGAACACCCUGUUCAGCAUCGUCCACUACCAGUUCAACCGUAUACCGGACACACUCAGCCUCGAUGAACUAUACGAGAUUGCACUUGUCGUCUCCCAGUACAAGUGCACUCACCUCAUCUACCCGUGGGCUGAUAAGUGGAUGAAGGGAUUGUCCGAGUACCGUAUCACCGCGCCAUACAACCUCUGCCACAAGGCUCUCUUUGUCGCCUGGACGUUGGGCGACAGCGAGCUCUUCUGCAACAUGGCUGACGCCCUCAUUGUCAGCACAGAGGUCAAUGAGUUGGGCGAGCUGGUCGACGUCGACGGCAUGGAGCUCAGGAGCAUGGCGUUGCCUGAGGGGUUCAUCGAAAUCGCCCAGGCAAUCCGAUCGACAACAAUCGAUCUUGCCAUGGCGGCCCUCCGCGGUCCCCUCGACAAAAUCAAACUCACACAGGGUCACAACAAAGACCGAGAUCCCGAAGGCAUGGACGGCUCCUCCCCCUCCCCCUUCUGCCGCGUGCCAGGACAGCAGCGAGCAUGCGAGACGUCCAUGCUUGCAAGCCACCAUCACGCACCUCCAAUCCGCCGGCCUCUACCCAACAACAACAGCAAUCAUCCAGGCAACCCAACAAACGACGAAGAGCAUCAUCACUUUAAAGCAUGCUGUAGAUGGGCUCAACAUAGCUGCUCACGCACAGGCCUCUGCGUCGGGGCGCUCGUCUGCUCUAUCAACGGUCUUGGUCCUGAAACGCUUAGCAGAACCAUAGACUGUCUCGACCAUCACGCGACCGCGAUGUCUACGUCCCUUCUUAACAGUUGCCUACAUGGAGAGCCUAGCUGCGAACGCAAAGCAAUCCGGUUUACGGGGAGUAACUCGCAUCGCGACGCUUCCCGUGCAUCCGCUCUACCUGAGCAGCCGGAUGCACGGGAAGCGUUGACAUGCUUAAUCGAGUCAUCGACACCCGCUGGAUGUCGAACUAUCAACAACCCCUUCGACGGCCUCCCGACCACGCGACCGCAACAUACCGCGGUUCUGGACUGGGAGAUACGUCCAAGUUACGGCGGGGCGCGGCCUAAGCAUGAUGAGGCGUUAGCUGAAAGCGACAUCCCGCCACGGCCCAAAUCAGCCGCCUCUCGGCCUACCCGCAACAUGCGAGGAUUCGGAGGCCGAGAGAGUAGCGUCGAGAGCCUCAACACUCCCACCCACAGCCUCCCGGCGUCGAGUCCGUCGACAUCUACACCGGCGGUCUCAGCGUCGACAUUCCACACCAUCUCAUUGACGGCCUCCCGACCACGCGACCGCGACCUACCGCGGUAUAGAGCUAAACGCCACCUCCUAAUCAUGGCGGGUGCGGCUCGGGGGUUGGCAACAUAG